GGCACCUUUGGAAAAAAGAAAACCAUCGAACACUUUCGGACAUGUCACCGGAAUAAGAUGGCUUGGACACGCCCACUUUCUUGCCGAGGAAAACCUUGGACGUGGCACAAGCUCCGGAUGUGACGUCAGCACGCAACCUCCUCCGCAUCCCGACUUCCUUUUUUUUUUUUUUCUUCGCGCAUCUGUGCUGCCUUCAGGUGUGCGCUGCGGAUCUUCACCGGUCCCGGUUCCGAAUAAUGUGGCUGCUGCUGUUCAGCGUGCUUUCCUGUGCGUCCUCCUACGAGGUGGACGUCAACAAGCUGUCCGGAUUGGCCCGAGCCAGGGUGGAGACAUGCGGCGGAUGACAGUUGAACCGACUCAGAGAGGUCAAAGCCUUUGUGGUCCAGGACAUUCCUCUUUACCAUAACCUGGUGAUGAAGCACAUUCCUGGGGCCGACCCUGAGCUUGUCCUCCUGAACCAUUAUUACGAGGAGCUGGACCGGAUCGCCUUGUCUGACAUGACACGCUCUGAAAUCAACGACCUUUUGGCCCAACUGGGCUUCUACAUGAAGGCUCAAGCCGACGAGGAAGUUCCGGAAGAGUUCCGCUUGUCCCCCGCCAAAGACAGCCCGUUCGAAAGUGAGGCGGCCUACAAGCCCGCCGCCGCCUCCGUGGUCACUCACAACUCCACGUCGGAGCCCGAACCCGAGGCCAAGCACUCUGACCUCUAACGAUGCCACAAUGAGAGACUGCUGCUAGACGAGGCCAGAUGACCCCCGUAAUACAGGGACAAACUCUUUGCGUCACCAAAUUUUUCAUUUUUAGUUGGUUAAUGGCAUAUCAUUUUUCCAGUCCCGCGUCGCCCGUCUCGUAUCCAGUUGUGUCCGCGUCCGACCCGCUGAGGUACCGAAUGAAGCCGCAGGCUAAAAAUCAACCGAUUGGCCUGAGGCUGAUGCUACAUGUACCGGUGGGUGGGCCGCGCAACACGUUACCGCCCAAGUGUCACCACUGUAAAACAAUAAAAAGGUUUCAAACAAA